AUGAGUGCGGUGACAGGACAAUCUUGGGAAGAUUUAAGAAAGCAAGCCAGACAUUUAGAAAAUGACAUUGAUGUUAAACUGGUAGCUUUUAGCAAAUUGGGUGUUAGUUCUGGUUCAUCAAGCCUUUCAUCAGAGACAGUUCCCUUGAUCAACAGUGAUGACAUGUUUGACACAAUGUCUAUGGAAAUCCAACAAUUACUUAACAAGUUAUCUUCAAUUAAUGACAAAAUGGUAGAUUUGGCACCAAAUGGCGCUGCUACUAUGCACACGUUAAAGAGGCAUAGAGAAAUACUGAUGGAUUACCAGCAAGAGUUUUCGAAGACCUCAGCCCGAGUGAAUGCCAGACGAGAGCGCGAGGAGUUGCUGCGUGGAGGUAGUCCACCGCCAACAGCUGCAGCUGGUCUGAGUCGCCGUGACCAAUACGCCAAGGAGGCCAGUCAUUUGCACAGUUCACAUAUCCUCGUGGACGAACAGAUAAACAUUGCGAUGGAAGCACGUGAACAUCUUACGUCACAACGACAGACCUUCAAGAGGAUGCAGACCAGGUUUAAUGACAUUGCCAACAGGUUCCCAAUGCUGAACAGUCUCAUUUACAGAAUAAACGCCCGCAAACGCCGUGAUUCCCUCAUCCUGGGAUUAGUGGUGGCCGUUUGCACAUUUCUAUUGUUAUUUUAUGCUUUCCAU